UCUUUGGAAAUGGACCCGUUUGUACAUAGCAACCUGUUCUAAACGAAAAUUCAUAGAAUGUGGGAUACUACCAGCAUAUCAAUGGCUCCUUUGUGACUUUGACGCGAUUCGAUUGAUCAUUACAGAUAUAAAUAUGUCGGCCCAGACAAGGACAUCAUUUAAAGGUGUGGUGCAAACACCAGACAUUGAGGAUGCCAAAGAGAGGAGAAAGCCAAAGAAAGAUGGCAACAUUUUCCCUAUUGAAUGGCCACCUUAUGACACGAAUGAUGUGAAGAGCCGUAUUGAUAAUGUCUUGGGACCACUCUCUCUGUUUGCACCAUACCCACACGAGGAUGAACCAGAGGUUCAUCCUGACUUGGAACUGGAGAGACCAAAUACUCCAAUUGAUAAGGAAAUUAAGUCCCAGCCAUCAUCUUUUGAAAUGCUCGCACAGUACAUCAGGAGACGCAUUGCUCCAAAACCGGGCGUGGUGUACAUGUCGUAUGAAGAUCAACAAAAUCUGGCUGGUAUUAUCAUGGGAGAAGUGAACGGAAUUUGGCCGGAUAUUAGAAAACAGAUUGAUGAUCCAUUUUGUUUGACCGUGUUACCAACAACGAAAAUUGUGAAAACUGCAGUGGAGAACAAGGAACUAAACCGAAGAAUAGCCGUACACAUUGUGAUGACGUGUGAGAAGUUGUUCCACCACUACCUGCAGAAAGCCCAGGUUCUUAACGGUCGAGGAGUUUUCAGUGGCCCGGCCAACAUGAGCAGACUCAAAGUGCAGUUGGCCUUGGAAACCAAUAACUUUUUGAAUAUACUGAGAAUCCGAAGACACAUAGUGACGGACAUGAGGACCAAGUCAGCGGUGGCAUCUGAGGAACAAGAGGAGUUCAUUUCACUCUCGGAAUCAGACACACAAAUGCAAGGCAUCUCUGAGCGGUCAUAUCAAGACACACUUCACACUGGUCGCCUUAAGCCAAGAAAACCGAAACAUCGAACUGUCCAGCAGGAAAUAAAAGAGAUGACCUCGAGAAUGCCGAGACUUGACACGAGUAACUUGAUGGAUCUUGUAGCAGAGUUACCAGAACGAGAUUUAUCAACCCCUUCUGAAUAUGGUUUUGCUCUGCCCAGUAGAAUCUCUGAAAAGGAAUCGAGGAUGUCCGUAACAUCAAAGGAAGAAUUGUCCAGAAGUAAAGUUCUUUUAAAGAGGUCCUCGUCUCAACCCGUGCUCCACUACGAGACAUUGUUAGAGGAACUGGACAUCGACAAACGAGUCCGAGAUGAUCCAAUGCUGGACCAUGAGUUGAAGGUGCUCAUGAGGGAACGGGGGAGACUUCUCAAGGAUAAUAAAAAAGAUGACGUAAAGCCGAAACCCGGUACGCGAGAGUACAUCACUCAAGACUUGAAGGAGCUCGUGUCACAGAAAGAGAAAGCCACAAAAACCAUUGAUGAAGAUCUGCCUCCUCUUCUCCAGGCAAUCUUGCGCAAUUCUAAACAUGACGACUUGAAGGAAAGAAUGGAAAAACAGAUGAAGGAAUUAGAAGAGAAAGAAAGACAGAGAAAAGAAAAGGAAGCUAUCAAAAUACAAGAACCAACACACCCUCAACCAGCCACAAUCUGUUCCAAAUUGUCGGAUAAGCUUGUUGUCAAGACGUCAGACAUUCGUGUGUCAGAGAGAGUCUGCAUGUCAUCCAUCACACUCAGCCGAUAUGCCACGGUUUACAAUGACCUCAUUGAAGAGAUCGAUGUCAACACUGUUAAGAAUCUUGACAAGAGUCUUUUCCUCAGUGAUGAAAUCCGUGAGGUGUACAAAGAAAUAAUGCAAACUGUUCCACACGAUCACCUUGAACUGGACAAUGACAGUGCAAUCCAGCCGGCACCAGACGCCAUUCAGCUGACAGGCACGUCAGCAUCCUCGACACUGACGAGGAAACGCACAGAGCGAGUGAUCAACUCAAACCUCCACUGCAACCGCUACCCACCCUGGGGCAGCAAUGAUGCCAAGAAAUGGGUCAAAACACCUUCAAAUCCUCCAAAGAAUUUUCAAGGAGAAGAUGUGUUUCCACCAAUGACCCCUGACCCAGAGAGAAAGGCCGCGACGUUUAUGCAGUCUGAGAAUCUGCCGGUGUGUGUGGCGGAGAAGAUGGCUCGCAACUACAGCUCGUGGCUGCACUGGUGGAAGAGCACCGUGAACAUCGACGACUACAUGAAGUACCUCAGCACACAGGAAACUGAUUUCCUGGCUGUUCUGUUUCACUUCUACGAUUCCGACGAUGAUGAGGAUGAGGAUGAGGGCAGCAGAACGAGACCAGGGGCCACUCACUCCAAGACGAAGUCUUUGAAAACCACCACUCACCAGAGAGAACUCGAGGCCAAGCUUAACGAGUUGAAAGCUCAGAAGAACGAGUAUAAGGAAGGUUACUGGAACUGCAACACAGUUCUUAUUGGUGGACUGGGCAAGGAUCCAGUAGUGGAAGAGGAGAAGACUGAAGAGAAAGGCGACAAACCGGCCGACACUCAAGCCACCGCGAUGACCCUUCAGGAGAGAGUGGCCAUGGUCCGGCAGUAUAAACAGGAACUUGAGCGAUCCAGGACAUCAAAGAUGACAGACACUUCUAUGGCAGCAUCUGAACGAUCCUUCGAAGAAAUAGAGGCACCACCGACACCACAGGAACGGCUUGAGAAAGUGUGGUCACACCUACAGAUGCCGGACAAGGAGAAACUCGACAUGGCUGUCAAAUACAGCUGUGACGAUUUCUUUAAGAAACUCAGUGAAGCAAUGGACCAGUGGGAGGAGACCUCUGACCUGAUUCUACAGAGAGAAACUCUGCUGGAGAAACUGGAAAAGUUUGAAAGAAAAGCCUCUGAUCCAAACAGAUUCUUUGAAAAGAGUGAUCGAGGCAUCAAACGAAGUUCUGUAUUAAGAUUGGAAGAAGCACGCAAGCGAAGUGCCUACUACAGGGUGAUUGAGAGGCUGGACACUGAGAUCAGAAUGCACCUGGAAGUUCUGAGAGAGGAAUUCAAGGAUACAGUUACCUUCAAGGGUCGUCCGUAUGAUGAGAAAAUGAAGUGGGACCGGAUAGAAAUGCUGUACUGGCUACAGGAGGAGCGGAAAGAGCAUGCGAUCAAGUACGAGUCCAUGACCAACCAACUGACUCUGAAAUAUCCCGUCUUAGAUCCAAUCAAUGUGACCCAGUCGUAGGGUGGACCACAGAGAAGUCUUGGAGUUCAUCUUCUUGUUGGAACCAAGGAACGCAGCCUUCAACCAUCUUAAACCAUGUUGAGUUUUGCAGGAAACAGUGGAUAUAAAAAUUAUUAUUGUUAUGAUGGACAAAAUCAGAAUUGGUCUAAUUUCUGUGACUAUUGCCUCUUGGGUAGGACUUUCUGUUAUUAGUGUCAGCAUACUAAAUUUGUUCUGUCAAAAGACUAUUCACACAAAAAAACUAAUUAUUAUUGGUUUUUAUUCAGUAUUCGGUUUGAAUUCUAAAACUUAAAGGAAAUGAAAAAAAGUUUUUAAUUAGAACGAUUGACAGUGCCUAAGGAAAGUGUUUUUUUAAUUUAUUAUGUCAUUGAUAUUUUCUGGUUGAUAUUUUCUGAUGAUCUUUUUAUACGUUUUUAUAUUGCUGAAGCCAUCAACGUCAGGAUGUUUGUGUGCACUAGAUCUGUGAUAUAUAUCUACAUUGUACUAUGUUGCCAGAAUUUUUGCUUUAUUGUAAGAUAAGUGUCUUAAUGUUUCCUUUCUAGACUUGACAACAGUUUAGUCUGUGAACGUCAUCUUUUUUUAAAGUCGCUCCGUCCAAUAACAUUUUAAUCCUAAAAUAUACACAAUACAACCAUCUUGGUUUACGCUCUUGUCGCCAUCUUCUGGUCAAUCUAUUUAUAUAAUAUACAGAUUAAAAGGCUAGAUGCUCAUUGGUACAGAUGUGUGUCUUAACAGCAGAAACACCCCCCCCCCCCCCCCACACACACACACACACACCAAUUGUAUUUUGUUCGUUAAGAACAGCACAGUCCAAACCCAUGAUCUGAAACACUAGUGAUGACUUACAUUGCCUUAAUUCAUUUGUAUAUAUACAUGUAUCUUCCACAUUUUCUCAUUAUAUAUAUAUAUAGUAUGUGCAUGUGCAUAUAAUACAUAAAAUUUCAUUUUGUAAAUUGUGACAGUUUGUGGGUGUAUGUGUUGUGUGCAAAUGAUAUAUGUAUAUAAAGCAUUUCUACAUGGUCAGUUUAGAAUGGUUUUACCAGCCUUGUUGGCAUUGUUUUUUAAGCUGUAAUUUGGGCUUUUCAGGAAUUCCAGAUUUUAGAGUUACUCGAGAACUGUGGUAUCAAGUUUGUAUGACUGUAUUAGACAUGAAAAUUCUCUGGAGAAUCUUGGGAUUACAGGGUUUGAUGUUAAAAUGCAUUUACUGUUGGGUUUGGAAUUAGAAAACAAUACCCUGCUAUACAAGUAACUACGAUUAUUUUAUUUCUGAUGUCAGAUUCUUAAUUCCAGCAAUUCCAUACAAAUUGCAUGUGAUUAGAGUCUACAUUUAUACAGAACACAGGUCUGUGCAUGUGUGUGCGUGUAUAUAUGUGUGCGUGUGUGCGUGUGUGCAUAAGCAUUGUGAAUGUAUGUAGUUACACAAGCAUAUGUCUAAAACAGGCUUUGUAAACUCCGCCCCUAAUGUUUUGUAAUCAAUGGCCCAUACUGGCAAUGGUCAGACAGAUCUGAAUGCUUUGGUUACAUCUUUGUCAGUACUCUAGUUGCGAUCAAGAUGACCGAAUAAAAUUUCAUUGUGCUAUUGCCAUAAUUUUGUAUUAUUGUUUUAACAUGUAACACAUUAAGUAAAUGUGCAAGUCUAAGGAAAAUGUGAAGUUUGUAACUGAUGUGAAAGCUUUAAAAGAUUUUGGAUUGGCAUAGAAAAUAUACAAUCCAUUGAUCAUCAUUUCAGAAAUGAUAGCUUGUUGAAAACAUGCUAAAACUGUUACUUGCACUUCAUCAUAAAAUGUUCAUGAUUUGAUAAAUAUUGUUUAUCUGAAAAAACACCACACCACCAAAAUAUUACUUAUUAUUACCAAAUGCCAGUUUUUUGGGGGUUUUUUAUGUGUUCCAAAAAUUAAAACAUGGAUGCCAUUCCAGUAUCUUUUUUUAUUAAUAUUAUUGUUUAUUGUUAGAAACAUUAUAUGAGUUGAAGAUUUUGUCUACCAAAGAAUUAACAAAACCAUCCUACUUUUCUCAGUGCCUGUGAUAUAUAAUUUUUUGUAAAAAUUUGUUUUAUUUUGUUAUGCUAUACUGUCUUACAAAAUAAAUGUUAAUUGUGUAAA